AUGACUGCUGAAGUUAAGGUUGAUUUGAAAGAAUACCAGAGAAACGCUCUGAGAGAUCUGAAGAGGAAGCUUGAGGAAGCCAUUGUUGAAAACACUAGCUUCGAGAAAAAGAGAGAGCGAGAGAUCCCUGUGAAGGGGGAGAAGGAGAAGAAAACUAAGGACACGGCGGAAAAUUACAUCGAGACAUUAAGAGUGCCGUUGCUUCCAAGCAAAGGAGCUCAAGGCACGGAUGUAUGCCUCUUGGGAGCAAGAGACUUCAAAGUCAUAUGGAGCAAUCUAAAAACGAAGCUUGAGGAAGCCAUUCUUGGAGAUAUUGUCUUCAAGAAUUCGAGAGAGUUCCAUGAGGAUAUCGAGCUAUGGGGAGUGCCAUUGCUUCCAAGCAAAGGAGCUGAAGGCACAGACGUAAUCCUCUUGAAGUUCUUGAGAACAAGAGAGUUCAAAGUCAACGAAGCUUUAGAGAUGCUGAAGAAAACCCUCAAGUGGAGAAAACACCACAUGGUUGAUUCGGUCCUUGGAGAAGAUUUUGGUAAGGAUCUUGCCUCUGCCGCUUACAAAGACGGCGUGGACCGUGAACACCGCCCAGUUUGUUACAAUGUUCACGAAUUUUUUGAGAACAAGGAGCUUUACAAGAAGACAUAUGGAUCGGAGGAGAGCAAAGAGAAGUUACUGAGAUGGAGGUGUCAGCUGCUGGAGAAGGGAAUCAAGAAGCUUGAGCUGAAACCAGGAGGUGUUACCACCCUUCUCCAGAUCCACGACCUUAAGCACGCUUGUGGAUUUUCAACAGAGGACCUUAUAAACGCAGUCAUAGCUUUGCAGGAAAAUUACCCCGGAUUCGUAUCAAGACAUGUUUUCAUAAACGCUCCGUUCUUGUUUUGUACCUUAAUGUCACUCAUCUCGCCAUUCUUAGUGCAACGAACCAAGAGCAAGAUUGUUGUUGCUCGCCCAGCUGAUGUCACAGAAACCCUUCUCAAGUAUAUUACAGCGGAGCAGAUCCCUUUUAAGUACGGUGGAUUCAGAAGAGAGGAUGAUACAGAAUUCUCCCUAGAAGCUGUUUCUGAACUUGUCGUUGCGCCUGGAUCAACUGAAACCAUCGAAAUCCUUGCUCCUGAGGCUCAAGGAAGAUUGGUUUGGGAUAUUGCGGUUUUGGGAUGGGACGUGAAUUACAAGGAAGAGUUUGAGCCAACAGAUGAAAGAGCUUACACGAUAAUAGUUAAAAAGGAGAAGACAAUCGCAUCAAAUGAAGGACCGAUGAGGAACAGUUUCAAGAACAAAGAGUCUGGUAAGAUUGUUCUUACCGUUGAGAAUGUAUCCAGCAAUUUCCCUCUCCUCGGAUCUCAGCAUCUGAUGGCGGCAGAUGUUUUGGCCGUGGUUGGUGAAGCCAUGGUGUUUCAGACACUUGUUUGGCAGAACUGUCCAUUGAGACCGCCACUUGCGGUGGAGAAGAUACCAGCGAAUGUGGCGGCCGGAUCGUUGACGAUGACCGAGAGAAUAGUAAGAGCUGAAGCGUGA